CCUCCUCUCCCAUUCUACUCUUCUUCUCCAAAUCGUUUUGUUACUGAAAUUGCGACUGUUCAUAUCGGUAAUCUAUCUGCAUUAAAGUUACGAAAAUUUCUCCUCCACAUUUAGAUCUUUGAGGUCUUAUAUGUUCAUGAAUGGAAACUCAGAGUCAAGCAGAGGUUCUGCAGCAGACGACGAUGCUUCCUCCAAAACCUGGAACUUUUGAAGAUCGUGAGGAGCUCAUCAGAUAUGUUCGUGAAUUUGGUGCUGAUCAAGGAUACGUUGUGACUAUAAAGAAGUCUCGGAAGGACAGACGAGUAAUCCUCGGUUGUGACAGAGGAGGUGUUUAUCGCAACAGGCGUAAGAUUGAUGAAACCAAGCGUAAAAGGAAAGCGUGUUCGCGUCUUAUAAACUGUCCUUUUGAAGCAAUUGGUAAGAAAGACGAUGAUGUGUGGGUGCUUACUGUGAAGAAUGGGGAACACAACCAUGAAGCUUUGAAGCACAUAUCGGAGCAUCCCUACAGUCGUCGAUUUUCUGAGGAAGAGAUCAGCCAGAUUAAAAUGAUGACCGAUGCUGGUGUUAAACCGCGUCAAGUGCUUAAGGCCUUGAAGCAGAGUAAUCCAGAGCUGCAAUCGACACCUAGGCAUUUGUACAAUCUCAAAGCUAAGUUUCGUCAAGGGAAUUUAUCAGAGAAAACUUUAAAGUCAUGGAGGCCUAACAGAUGUGCUCCUCCAAACACUAGGGGUAGCACAAGUGGAUGUUCAUUAAAUCAAAACGACCACCGGGUUCCUAAUUUUAUUGGAGGGAAAUUUCUGGAUUCACAAGGUUGUUCAACCAUUGAUGUUAUAAAUCCCGCAACUCAAGAGGUUGUUUCGCAAGUUCCUUUAUCUAGCUAUGAAGAGUUCAGAGAUGCUGUUAGUGCAGCUAAGAAAGCUUUCCCUUCAUGGAAAAAUACUCCUAUCGCCACUCGUCAACGCAUCAUGUUCAAACUCCAGGAGCUCAUUCAGCGGGAUAUGGAUAAACUGACUACUACUAUCACAAUAGAACAGGGUAUGACAUUGAAGGAUGCGCAGGCUGAUGUGCUCCGGGGUUUAGAGGUUGUUGAGCGUGCUUGUGGAAUGACAACGCUUCAAAUGGGGGAAUUUGUUCCAAAUGCUUCUAAUGGAAUUGAUACCUACUGCACUAGAGAGCCACUUGGCGUUUGUGCCGGGAUAUGCCCUUUUAACUUUCCGGCAAUGAUUUCCAUGUGGAUGUUCCCAGUUGCAGUCACAUGUGGCAAUACAUUUUUACUUAAGCCAUGUGAUAAAAGUCCUGGGGCUUCAAUGAUCCUUGCAGCAUUAGCAAAGGAGGCUGGUUUGCCUGGUGGUGUCUUGAAUAUUGUCCAUGGCACCUCUGAUAUUAUUAACUAUAUAUGUGACGAUGAUGAUAUAAAGGCUUUAUCAUUUGUGGGAUCCAAUGCGGCUGGGAUGCAUAUAUAUGCGAGGGCAGCUGCUAGAGGGAAACGUGUUCAGCCUCACAUAGGUGGCAAAAACCAUGCAAUCAUCAUGCCAGAUUCAAAUAUGGAUGCUACGUUGAAUGCUCUUGUUGCUGCUAGCUUUGGUGCUGCAGGACAGCGGUGCAUGGCUCUCAACACAGCUGUUUUUGUUGGAGCUUCAACACUAUGGGAAGAUGAGCUUGUGGAGCGUGCCAAAGCACUCAAAGUAAAUGCCGGAACAGAUCCCAGCGCAGACAUUGGCCCAGUGAUUUGUAAAGAGGUAAAGGAUCACAUCAACAGUUUAGUUCAAAGCAGUGCUGAUAAUGGUGCGAGGCUUAUUCUUGAUGGAAGAAACAUUGUGGUUCCAGGAUAUGAGAAUGGAAGUUUCAUUGGUCCUACAAUUUUAUGUGAUGUUACUGUUAACAUGGACUGCUUCAAGGAAGAAAUUUUCGGACCAGUUCUCAUUUGUAUGCAGGCUAACAGCCUAGAAGAAGCUAUAACCAUUAUAAACAGAAAUAGAUAUGGGAAUGGUGCUUCAAUAUUCACGACAUCUGGCAUUGCCGCAAGGAAAUUCCAGAAUGACGUUGAGGCUGUCCUGGUUGGGAUUAAUGUUCCUGUGCCAGUUCCAUUGCCAUUUUCCUCUAACGAAUCUAUGGCAUCUUAUGGAGAUCUCAAUUUUUGUGGAAAAGCGAGUGUGCAAUUUUACACCCAGUUCAAAACUGUGGCACGACAAUGGGAGGACUUGCCCAGCUUAGGAGUUUCAGUAACUGCUGCUCCAUCAUCUGAUAUGGACAGAACAAGCCGAGCUAUGUCUUCUAUAUUUCUUUCACCAUCUGAGAGAGGAUCAUCAUCGUCUGAAAGAGGAUUGCCAAGCCAUAGAGUUUCCUUGGCUAUGUCACCAGCAUCAGAAAAUGAUUCACAAAGCGGUGGAAGGAUGUUACUCCAUUCUUUGUCGUCUGAUAGGGAUAUACCAGAUGUAGGAGUGUCAUGUUUGCCUUCAGUAUCCAAAAAGGAUUUACUAAGCCAGGGAGUGUCCUUGCUUUUGCCGCUGGCAUCUGAGAGGGAAAUACUGAACCAGGGUAAGCAGCUAGAAAUGCCUUCUGCAGUGGAGAGGGAUUUAUCAAGCCAAGAAGCAGCACUGCCUCUGGCACAGACCUCCGACAGCAUGUAUGUCUCUCAAACUUCUAACUGGAAUGUAAAUCUGCCCACAAAAUCUCAAAUCAACGACGCUCUCUCUCCAACAUCUGAAAGGAUUUAUAUGCCUAAAUAUCAGAGGAUUGGCUAUACUGGCCCAACACCUCAUAGUACUGAUACUGCAGUUGCGGAUGCAUCUGAGAGUUUAAAUGUGCCUAGAGAUCACAAGCAUAACAGUAUGCGUCUGAUAUCACAUCAGAAUGACAGCAUGGGUCCAACCUCUCAUAGAACUGACUCUGCUGCGCAUCCAACUUCUGAAAGAAUUUAUAUGCUGGCAACUUCGCAUUUGAAUGACAGUAUGGAACAAGCUUUCUCAGAGACUGACUCUAUAUUUUCAACGUCAGAGAGGAUUUACAUACCUCCAGCAAGUAAUAGGAAUGAUCACAUGGAAUCAACUUCUAAAAGAACUGGCAAUGCAGCGGUUCAUCCGUAUUCGGAGAGUGUAUAUCUGUCUGGAACAUCUCAAAGGACUGACCAUAUUACCCAAGCUUCUCAACACGCUGAUCCCAGGCCUGAGGCUUCAGAAGAAAUGUAUCUGCCUUCGCUUGUUCGGAGAAAUGCUGGUAUGCCACCAGCAUCCGAGAGGCUAUAUUGCCUGUAGCAUCACAGAGCAUGUCUACUACAAAGUCGAAUGAUGUCAAUAGAUGAUUUUUCUACUCAAGUAGCUUCCACGACUUUGCCUGCAUCUUCGAUGUUGUUAUGUACACUAUUCUAUCUAGUACUGUGAAUUCUGAACCUUGUAAACCAACUAUUCUCAUAAUGAGUUUUGUUAAAUUUUCUAGUGUAAGCAAGCAUAUCCCCUUGUUUCUAUUAAA